GACAUUGUUGAGGCAGCUGCCAGAAGCCUGACCUGGAGGGCUCCCUUCCUGCACUGCCUCUGUGCCUGGUAAGGACCAUGCUCCUGCUUCCAUUACUCCUUGUCCUUCUCCUGAGUGUGGUGACAGUGGCCUCAGAAACAAAAACUUGUGAGGAUGCCCAGAAGACCUGCUCCGUGAUUACCUGUGGGAUCCCCGUCACCAACGGCACCCCAGGCAGAGAUGGGCGAGAUGGACUCAAGGGAGAAAAGGGAGACCCAGGUCAAGGGCUCAGAGGUUUGCAGGGCCCUCCAGGGAAAUUGGGGCCUCCGGGAAAUAUAGGUGCUCCUGGGGCUCCAGGACCAAAAGGCCCUAAAGGAGAUCGUGGAGACAGUUCAAUUGCUGAGACUAAACUGGCUAACUUAGAGAGAGAGAUAAGGAGCCUGAAAUCAGAAUUGAACCUCAUCAAAAAGUUGCAAACCUUCUCUUUGGGCAAAAAGUCUGGAAAGAAGUUCUACGUGACCAAUGGUGAAAAGAUGCCUUUUUCCCAAGUAAAGGCUCUGUGUACAGAGCUCCAGGCCACUGUGGCUACCCCCAAGAAUGCUGAGGAGAACAAGGCCAUCCAAGAUGUGGCCAGAGACAUCGCCUUCCUGGGUAUCACAGAUGAGGUUACCGAAGGCCAGUUCACAUACCUGACAGGAGGGCGGCUGACCUACAGCAACUGGAAGACUAAUGAGCCUAACGACUAUGGCUCAGGGGAGGACUGUGUGAUUAUCCUGAAGGAAGGGCUCUGGAAUGACGUUUCCUGCUCAAGCUCUUUCCUGGCUGUCUGUGAGUUUCCAGCCUAAAGUAGCUCAUUCCUUCGUCCCCUCCUUGCCUCCUUGCUGAGUUUUCUGCUGCUUCAAAAGAGAAUUCAGUGCUGGUUUUUCAUGCCUAGAGUUAAGUCAUUCCUGUGUGGAGAAGGGAGGAAACUGAAGAGUAUGUAUUUAAUUGUGAGAUGAGGAAGCAGAAGAAGAUAACUAUGGGGCACAAGGGUCUGGUCCUGGGCAGGGCAUUGUCUUAUCAGAACAGUACUGAGCCAGAGUCAGCCAUGAAAAGGCCACAAUAAACUCUCUUCUUUUGCAGUGAGGACACUCAUCCUGCCAGAGGGACCAAUGAAGGGCCACACCUGUGUUAGAAUAGAUAGUCAAUCUCAGUGACAGACAUCCAAUUCCUUCUCUCCAAGAUUUGCCACUCCUUCCAAAUUCUCCUUCCCUAAACCCCUACCCAGGGCCAGCCUAGCACUGUCCAUGAUAUGGGUUUUGUCUCUUGGUUUCAUGAGCCACUGCCAGGCACCUUUUCACUCCCUGACUGUAAUAUCUGGCAAUAUCCAUUUGAGUGACAACUGUUAGUCCUAAGAAUGCCCGUACCCUACCUAAGUUCCCAUGGUCUCCCUUUAGUCACUAGAGUUACCUUGAGGGCAAAGUACCUCUUUUCCUUCCUGUAUAAUUUUAAGGGGAUGAUUCAGUAUCAUGGUACACGCCAGCAGCAUGGGAAGAGGCAACUGGUCAAGCAGGGUGUGCCCUUCUCACAGACAAUGUCAGUCUCUGUCCCCACUGUCCCUUCCCUUCAUGGUAGUGUUCUCUCUCCAUUGUGGGUUAGUGGCCCAUUAUCAGUUCACACAAGAGGACAAACUCUCCCAAAGUGAGCUUUACACCCUACGGGUCUAAUUCUGCGGACCAACUAGUCAGCAAAUGCAAUUUCCCUCUGAGCAGGGUUCUGCUGCUGUCUUGGCCCAUAACUGUGCCUAACCAUGGGGCUUUUCCAGCUACUGCAGGGUGAGGGGAUCUGAGAUUUCAUAGCACCUGUGCAGCAAUCCAGGAAAAGGGGAUAAAUUCCAACUCCAGCUGUGUACCUGUCACAAAAUGAGAUUGGAAAAUAUUUCAUGAAUGGACCAAGCGCCGCUUUCACUUACUGAGAAGCUUUUGGUAACCUUUGUUUUCUGCUUUAUUUCUCUUUGUAUCUGAGCUACCAGGAGAAGUACUUGUGACUAAUAACUGCUAGAUUAAUAUUUGUUGAAUGAGUACAUCAAAGAAUUACAAGUGAACAAAUGAAUUGGCUACUGAGAAGUGACUGUCAGGCUGUGCUUCUUCCUGCCCAGGGGUGCUCCUUCUGCAGGACUGUCCAGGCAGAUAUAGGACUUGGGAUGGAACAUGCUGAAGGCAAUGGAACUAGAGGUCCCUGGCUUCUAGCACACCUGGACUGUCACAUUACUGAAUUUUCUUUAGGUACUGCAAUUGGCAGUAAUGAAAAGAAAAAUUUUGUAAUACAAAACAGAGCAGAACAAUUCCCUAUUUCCAGUUUAAAUUUAUGGUAAGGGUGAGGCGUUGUUAUGGUAUACCCAAGAUGAAUGCCCCUUUUGUUAUAUACUGUGCAUAAAGGACAGUAUCUACACUGUAAAACUGUAGGAGAUGCAGUUAUAUUAUUUGCAGCCAUGGUUUCCUAACAGGUGAUGGUCACCUGCUCAGUUCAGGAAAUACAGUAAAAAUUGCAGGACAAGCACAAGCUCUUCCAUUGUCCUCUCAAUCAGUUUCUCUUAGUUUUGCCUCCCAACUCUCUUCCUCCUGCAUCCCUCCAUCACUAGAGUUUCACAUUCCUGCCCUGAGAGCUCUCUCUGCCAUGGGGACCCAUCCUCCUUCUUCCUGACUCAUGCCUUAUUCUGUCACUCUGAGAGUCCCUGCUGGUUCUCUCAGCCCACCUGCAGGGCAUGCAGGUUUUUCAUAAGGAUAGAGCUUGUUCUUUCCCUGAUUCAGGACCUGAUGAUCCUUUCAGUGUUCCUCUCUCUCCUUAUGUCUCCCCUUGCCACCAUUUUGACCUCAACCUAGAACUACCUAUCUCUUUGUAUUCACUUCCCAAUGGAUCCCUAUGAGGUAGCUUGGGAAAAGGUAAAGUUCAUCUUAAAAUAUAGAAUUCUCGUAAGAGUCCAAAGAUAGAAAUUACAGUUCACUGAGGUCCCCCAGGACACUUAGAACAAGAAAGAAAUGAUGGGUUCAAGGUGUCCCUCCAGUCUCUUUUUCUCUCUCUUUCUCUCUCUCCACCGUGCGGUUCUUUACUAAAGGAUGUACAAUGAUUGACAUCUCUCACAUACAGUUUUAGUCAGCUUUUGCAUUGCUGUGACCAAAAUACCUGACAAGAACAACUUGAGGAGGAAAAGUUUAUUUUGGGUUCAUGGUUUUAGAGGUUCAAUCUAUGAUUGAUCAGCUCCAUGGCUGUGGGCCUGAGGUGAGGCAGAACAUCAUGGCAGAAGGAAUGGUGGAGGAAAGCAGUUUAGGACCUGGUGUCCAGGACAGAGAGAGAGAGAGAGAGCUCUGCUCACCAGGGACAAAAAUACAAGCCCCAAAGGUACACCCCAAGUGACCAACUUCUCUAACCUACCUGCCUACAGUUACUACCCAGGUAAUACAUAUUAGUGAAUGAAUCCACUGAUUAGGUUAUACCUCUCUUAAUCAAAUCGUUUCACCUCUGAAAAUUCUUGAAUUGUCUCACACAUGAGCUUUUGAGGAACACUUCAUAUCUAUACCAUAACACAUACCAAUGAAGCUGGGUACUCCAAGGACAGAUAUUAAGGAACCAAAGGCAGCAUGUUCUCCUUGAGAGUUUAUGAAUGGAGAUGACUGAGAGAAAUCUCUUGAGCCCCAUUAUUCUAAUGGAAUAGGUGUCUCUGCCAUCUGUUUUCCAUGCUGGUUUUUGAACAGGGAGCUGGCAGACAUCUCUGAGCUUGGGUCUUCCUUGGCUGCCCUUUGCACAAAGUGAGAACCUGACGGUCAUACCGCAGAGCAUUUCUGAAAAGGAAGUCAGUGUUCAGAAGUCUAUGAAGCCUGGUCUCUGGCUCUGGAGUCAUGCCCAGGGGAAGAAGAAGGCACGGGUCUCUAUGUGCCAUAUUAGGGUUGAAGACGAGAUGGUUUGGUAGGUGGAAAGUUCCAGGUUUAGAAGCAGGAGACUGUCGAUUGAGGUUAGCUCCCUACUAAUGUCCUGAGUCAUAGGUUGACUUUCUGGGUCAGUUUCCCAGGCUUUACAUCAGUCUCUAAAGGCUUCUCUCUUCUAAAUCCAUAGGAAUCAGUGGUCACAUAUAGGUGCAGACUGCAGGGCCAUUUCAGGAAGGGAGCUGCAGGACCUGAAAUCUGCUUUCAGUUUUUGUUGCCUGUAUUUGUCUAAGUUAAUUGUGGGGUAAACAUCAGCUAUUUCUGAAGUCUACAGAAAACCAGUCUGGGUGAGUGAUAUUGGCCAAAUUAUAUUGUUAUAUUGUGUAUUGUGUGCAUGCACAGAUACGUAACAAAAACAUCCCAUCAGUAUGUAUAACCAGAAUGCACCAAUAAAACCGUGGGGGAGGGUGGUGGAAGAGAGAGAAAAAAGAAAACCAGUCUGGGUAAGUUGGAAGGGCAAAUACAACUCAUCCAUGAGUUGGAGACUUUGGGCUUAAAUUGUCUGUGAGCCUGUGUUCUCCUGUGGCAGUGCAGACAUGACCAGUGUGACAGUGAUUUGCUUUGUGUGACAGAAUGAAAACAACUCAAGGUCCAGAUUCCAGCCCAGGUUCCAGAUCCUGGAAUUUCAGGACCUUGAUCCUACAGGACAAUCUUUCUUUGAAGUUCUACAAUUCUACUUCUGACAAGUUUGGUCUCCUUCCUCCCAGAGGUGGGGACUCAGAGUAGCAGCUGAAGGCUUGCCAUUCAUGCCUGUCAGACCUCCUUCCCCCAAGGGGCCAGACAAUCUCCUUUCUCUGUGGCUGCCACAAAUUAACCUGUACCAAGAGUCAGGUCCUGAACUAUGACCCGCCUCCAUCCCCAAUAUAUGACAGGCUGAGCCCAUGACUUGGGAGAUUGUUUGCUUGUUAUUGUGUAAAUAAUCUGUGCUUUAGUAACUGCCAGGAAUCAGAGAUAUUUUUUUUUUUCCGCCUUAACCAGGAAGAGAUCAGAUGUCAUCAAGUGACUGGAGAUGUCAGGAAGUGGAUUAUGCAAAGUGAUGUUGUCCUAGUAACCCCGAGUGUUGAUAGGUUCCUGGGAAGGCAGGAGGCGCUUAGGACAGGAGGCCAUCUGGGAAGGGUGCUUCUGACCCUGGUGGCAACAGUGUGGGAAGGACACAGAACCUCUAAGAAGGAAGCAAUGGCUUGUCCAGGCAAACACUGCUUUCAUGUUUAAAAGUAAUGGGGUGUAGGUGGCCCUUUACUAACUAAGCAAAUGCUUCAGACUAGGGGUUGGGCUAGCCACUGCCAACCCACAGUCUCACCUACCUUUUCCUGGCAGGUGAAUGAUUUGUGCCACCUCAUGUGGCCCUUCUGCAUAGUGACCAGCAGAAUUGACUGGAAUGCUUGAUAAAAUUGUGAGAUCUUAGUUCUGUUCUGGGCCCAGUGAAUUAAAAUCUCAGAAGUAUCUCAUCUUAGUGAGGUCCUCAGGUAAUCUGGAUGUUUAGCCAGUUUUGGAAACCACUGGCCCAAGAAAUACAGUCACCACAGGAGCUGUCUGCCUGCCUCUCAUUCUCACAGGGUGACCAAGUACCCUGGUUCUGCUUCAUUUACAGUGUCACACCCAGUUAUGGUUGGGAUAUGUGUCCCUCAAAAGCUCCCAUAUUAAUACAGGAAUAUUCAGAGGUGAAAUAAUCAGAUUAUGAAAGUUGUAACCUCAUCAGUCCAUGCUAAUUUGAAUGGGUUAAGUGGGUGGUAACUAUAAGCAGGUGGGAUGUGACUGGAGGAGGUGGGUCACUGGGAACAUGCCCUGGAAGGCUUCAUCUUCCCUGUGAACCCCUUCCCCAUUCUCUCUGUUUCCUGGCCACCAUGAACAAGAGUAGUACGACUUCAUCAUGCCUUCCGCCAUGAUGAUCUGUCUCACCUUGGGCCUAAAGCAGUGGAAUCAGCCAGCCAUGGACCAAACCUCUGAAACCAUGAGCCAAAACAAACUUUUCCUCCUCUAAAUUGUUCUAAUUUUUUUUAUUUGUUCUAAUUAGUUAUACCUGACAGUAGAAUGCAUUUUGACUCAUUGUACAUAAAUGGAACACAACUUUUCAUUUCUCUGAUUGUACAUGAUGUAACCACAUCAUUUAUGCAAUUAUACACUUACAUAGAGUAAUAAUGUUCAUCUCAUUCCACCAUCUUUCCCACCUCCACACCCCCUCCCUUCCCCCUCCCUCCCCUCUGCCCUAUCCAAAGUUCCUCUAUUCUUCCCUUG